AUGGGUCUCUUCAGCCACAACGACAACAACAACAACCAGCAGCAGCAGGGCCAGCAGCAGCAGGUCUUCCAGCAGGGCCAGCAGCAGCAGCAGGGCUACGGCCAGCAGCAGCAGGGCUACGGCCAGCAGCAGCAGGGCUACGGCCAGCAGCAGCAGGGCUACGGCCAGCAGUCCAACGCCAGCUUCGACCAGAAGCAGGGCCAGCAGGACCCCGCUCAGAAGGAGGGCGGUUGGUCGACCGGUGCCAAGGUCGCCGCCGGUCUCGGCGGUCUCGCUGUCGCCGCUGGUGUCGGCACUGGUAUCGGCUUCGGCGUCAAGCACCACAACGACAAGAAGCACGAGCAGGAGCAGGCCCAGCAGGACCAGCAGAACCAGGACGCCGAGAAGCAGCGUGACGUUCAGCCCGACCAGAACCAGGACCAGCAGCAGAACAACGACCAGCAGCAGCAGCAGAACAACGACCAGCAGCAGCAGCAGCAGCAGCAGCAGUCGCAGCCUCAGCAGGACCAGCAGAACAACGACGGCCGCCCUCCCAAGCCCCAGGCCGAGCGUGGCUACAAGGCCGACAUCCCUGGCCCCAACCGCGCCAAGCAGCAGGGCGGUGGCCCCGACGAGCGCGGCCUCUACCCCGACGACUCUGGAAACUACCCCGACUCCAACGGCAACUACCCCGAUGACAACGGUCGCUACCCCGACAGCCAGGGUCGCUACGCCGACGACAACGGCUACUACCCCAACGAGCAGGGCAACUACCCCGACGACCAGGGCAACUACUAA